UCCACCCUCUUUCUGCAGCAUAGUCUAUAACGGUGAUGGCGGGCAGACAGUUUGCGUGGAGCGGGGCGGCUCUUCUCCAGCUCCUUCUUGGCGUGAAUCUGAUAGUGAUGCCCCCCACCCAGGCCCGGAGUCUGCGCUUCGUUACCUUGCUAUACCGACAUGGAGACCGUUCACCAGUGAAGACAUAUCCCAAGGACCCCUAUCAGGAAGAUGAGUGGCCUCAGGGGUUUGGUCAGCUAACCAAGGAAGGGAUGCAACAGCACUGGGAGCUGGGCCAGGCUCUGCGGCAGCGCUACCAAGGCUUUCUCAACACCUCUUACCACCGGCAAGAGGUUUAUGUGCGAAGCACAGACUUUGACCGCACUCUCAUGAGUGCCGAGGCCAACCUGGCUGGACUCUUCCCUCCCAACGGGAUGCAGCGUUUCAACCCAAAUAUCUCUUGGCAACCUAUCCCUGUCCACACUGUGCCCAUCGCUGAGGAUAGGCUGCUGAAGUUCCCGUUGGGCCCAUGUCCCCGCUACGAGCAGCUGCAGAAUGAGACCCGACAGACACCAGAGUAUCAGAAUGAGAGUAUUCAGAAUGCACAAUUUCUGGAUAUGGUGGCCAACGAGACAGGGCUUACAGACGUGACACUGGAGACCGUCUGGAAUGUCUAUGACACACUCUUCUGUGAGCAAACACACGGGCUGGUCCUGCCGCCCUGGGCCUCACCCCGAACCAUGCAGCGUCUGAGCCGACUAAAGGACUUCAGCUUCCGCUUCCUCUUCGGGAUCUACGAGCAGGCAGAGAAGGCCCGGCUUCAGGGGGGAGUCCUGCUGGCUCAGAUACGGAAGAACCUGACCCUGAUGGCAACCUCCUCCCAGCUCCCUAAGCUGCUGGUUUACUCCGCGCAUGAUACCACCCUGGUCGCGCUGCAGAUGGCACUGGACGUCUACAAUGGGGAACAGGCCCCCUACGCCUCCUGCCACAUAUUUGAACUGUACCAGGAAGAUAACGGGAAUUUCUCAGUGGAGAUGUACUUCCGGAAUGAGAGUGACAAGGCUCCCUGGCCUCUGGUCCUGCCUGGCUGCCCUCACCGCUGCCCGCUGCAGGACUUCCUGCACCUCACAGAGCCGGUCGUGCCCAAGGAUUGGCAGCAGGAGUGCCAGCUGGCAAGCGGGCCCGCGGACACAGAGGUGAUCGUGGCCUUGGCUGUCUGUGGCUCCAUCCUCUUCCUCCUCAUCGUGCUGCUCCUCACCGUCUUGUUCCGGAUACAGGCCCAGCCUCCUGGCUACCGCCACGUCGCAGAUGGGGAAGAUCAUGCCUGACAACCACUCAGCCCCCUUCCCUCUGCCUCCUAGGGGAGGGGGGCUGGGCCCUUGCUCCUGACUGUUGCUACUCCCAGAGGAGACCCUGGGUUGGCCUCUCUCUGAUGACCCCAACCUAGAUGAACAAGUGGGACUCGGCUUGGCCCUUGGCACCUGUCACUCAGCAUUCACGUGCCUCCCUGUUCACCAAGUACUGUGUUGGACUUUGGCUUUCUCCAGACAAGAUUUGCCUCCACCAUGCUUCCUAAGGACCAGAAGUGUAGACAAGUAGUCAAGCUUCACUCAGGACCCGGGAUUGAAAAACUGAAGGAGUUAGUGCUUGUUCUGCCUCACGCCCCAUCCCCCAAACCCAGUCUUGCUCUUUCUUCCAGCCUGGACUCUUCGGCAAAUGGUUCAGAGGACACAGUCUUGCCUCUCCGUGCUUACUGUAGUGGGAAAAACUGCACAACAUCGGGGGUAUGGACACUGGCCACUAAGGAACCGGAUCGCCCAGAGGCCAGCCAGCCAAGUUUUCCUUUGUCCCCCUGAAGCCAUUAUGUCUGUUACAGAGUCAGACAUAAUGCUUCAGGCAUCUUGUCAGCCUGCAGCUGGAGCAGGGCAGGAGGGUGUUGGUGCCGGGGAGGGGGAGAGGGAGAGGGAGGGGGCAUGAGUUGCAGCACAGACCUGACACUACUAUCCCCCUCAGCGAGGCUGGGGUCUCCACGGACCAGAGGUCCAUGCAGGUUGUGAGCUGGCCAGCUUGUGACUGUGGCCCAGAAUAGGGCCAAGGUGACUUCCGGAGAAUGAAAGUUCUAGACUCUUA